CUCAUCGUGUUCCGGAACACUGGAUCACUUGAAGCAGACACAGUACAUGGAGUCCUACAUACAUAGUCUCUACCGUAUGCUAGAGGUGAUGGGACCUAAGGGAAAAGCUAUCCCUUUCUUCAAGGGCCACAAAAAUGACACAAGUGUUAUCUCUAAGGAGACAGCUGGGCCUUCGGCCCAAGCUCCGGGCCCAGAUCGUGUGCGGGACCUGCAGAGUGAGGUGGAAGGAGUCAAGAAUAUUAUGUCUCAAAAUGUAGAGCGAAUCCUAGCUCGAGGAGAGAACCUGGACCAUCUGAGAAAUAAGACAGAGGACCUGGAGGCCAGUUCUGAACACUUUAAGACCACAUCGCAGAAAGUUGCCAGGAAGUACUGGUGGAAGAACGCAAAGAUGAUCGCUAUAAUCUGCGUGAUUGUCGGAAUCAUCGUACUCCUCAUCAUCCUCUUGGCCACUGGGGUCAUCCCCACAUAGAUGUUCUCUAUUUUCAUGCUCCUCUUUAUCCCUCCCCUGAAGACUUGCGCUAAUCUCAAAUGAAACCUAAUGUCUGGCGCUGAAAACCGAUCGUGCCGCUGUGAUUAUUUAAACCUUUCACGUGUCUAAGGAUGUAUAAAAUUGCCUGUAUGUAUGAAUGGAUCCUGCUUUUUAAAGGGGUUAUCCAAGAUUAGAGAACCAGCACAGCUUUUUUUUUCUCCCAAAAACAGCACAACCCCUGUUCUCAGGUUGUCUGUGGUAUUGCAGCUCAAUGAAGGCAAGUAGUCAAUGGUUAAAGUGAAUUCCCUUUAAAGUGAAUGGAGCCAAGUUGUAAUACCACACAUAACCCGAGGACCGGUGUGGUGCUGUUUUUGAAGAAAUUAGCUCUGUUUUCUUUUGCCUAGAUAACCCCUUUAGGGUACUCCCGUGGAAAACUUUUUAUUUUUAUUUUUUAAAUCAACUGGUGCCAGAAAG